AUGGCGUUUUUCCAAGAAAUGCCAUGGCACGAAGGGGAGGAGAAGAUGUCCCGAGCGAUGGAAAUCCCAACAAUGGACAACCCAACAGUCCCAGCGCUGUCUCCCCAGCUUUCCAAUCAUCUCCAGAUCGCCCCGCUCAUAUCCAUUGGAACUGUUGACAAACAAGGACGACCUUGGACGACACUGUGGGGAGGAGAGCGAGGAAUGGCUCGACCUCUUGGCGGUGGGAUUAUCGGCAUCAGAACUCCAAUUACGGGUAAAUUCGAUCCUGUAGUUGAGGAGCUCGUAGGACAGGAUCCAUCGAAUCAAGCAGUGAAAGAAGAGGGGAGCAGAUCCAUGGUCAGUGGCCUGACGAUCGACUUGGUUUCGCGAAAGAGAGUCAAGAUGUAUGGCCGUAUGAUGGCAGGAGUUCUUGGGAUGAGAGACGAUGAAGUCACUGGGCAGAGCGUGUCCAUUGCAGAAAUCCAACUUGUGUUGAAGAUCGAACAGUCACUUGGAAAUUGCCCGAAAUACCUCAACAGCAAGGUCAUUGAGCCUGCAGUAUCUAGCCCGGAACUGAUAUCGGACUCGCCGCGAUUACCCCCACCGGCACUGGAGCUCCUCGCCAAAGCAGAUCUCUUCUUUGUCUCGAGCGCGCAGCAUGACACAGACAUGGACACAAAUCACCGAGGAGGCCCUCCAGGCUUCCUCAGAGUCGAUUCGAACGAAGAGGGGGGAGCAGUCGUGUACUGGCCGGAGUAUAGUGGCAAUCGACUGUAUCAAACACUGGGAAAUCUAAUGAUCAAUCCACUGGCUGGAAUCUGCGUUCCCGACUUUGACACCGGCGAUAUGCUGUAUCUGACUGGAAAGACGGAAAUCCUAGUUGGCCAAGACGCCGCCGCUGUCUUGCCGCGAUCGAAUCUAUGUGUAAAGCUCACAACUACUGCCGCGCGAUUCGUGACCCACGCAUUGCCAUUUCGUGGAAAGCCCGGAGAAAGUUCACCUUACAACCCCACUGUCCGCUAUCUCGCCUCUGAGAAGCUGUCAAAGCAGCCCCGAGACGAGAAGUUGCAGCAAGCCACACUUGUCAGUCAAACCGUUCUUACUCCAACAAUAUCCAGAUUCCGCUUCAGUCUGGAGAACACGGCGAUCUAUACGCCUGGGCAAUACGUAACUCUCGACUUUUCUAGACAUCUCGACAAUGGAUACGAACAUAUGAACGACUACGAUCCACAGAGCCUGAACGAUGAUUUCGUGCGGACGUUCACUGUUAGUAGCCUGCCAGGCGAUCCUCCGAACCCAGUCCGUGAUUUAAAGGACGAUGAGUUUGAGAUCACAGUGCGAAAAGUUGGUGUCGCGACAAAUUUGUUGUUUCAGCAUCGGAUCAAUGAUAGGGUCCCCUUUGAGAUUGGUGUCAAAGGGUUUGGCGGGGAAUUCGAGGUGCAGCAGAGGGACGAGAAGGAGAGUAUAUGUUUCUUGGCUGCGGGUGUUGGCAUCACGCCGAUAUUACCUUCGCUGUAUUCAAUGGAUUUCCAGAGGCUGAAGUUGCUGUGGACAAUCCGAGAGCAGGACGUCGGACUGGUGCUGGACGUUUUGGACAGGCAUCCUGGACUUGGAGAGGUGACUGAGGUAUUUCUCACUGGCAUCGAGAAAGGACGUACAGAAAUGGCCAAGAACGUCGAGGAGAGAGGUGCAAGGGUGAGUUUGAGACGAUUGCAAAGAGAGGAUGUUGAGGGACGGAAGGCUUCAAGAUUUUACCUGUGUACAGCUCUUCCUCUGAGGAGGCAGCUUAGUGAGUGGCUCACGGGACAGGAGGUUGUCUUUGAGGAUUUCAACUUUUAG